AUGGCUGGACCAGACGCUAAAACCGAUUCUGAAGUUCCAGUUGGCGGUGAAACUAACUCUGGUGUUGGCGAUGACACUAAGCCUAACGUUGAUGCUAAGGUUGAUGCUAGUACUGUAGCUGGCGUAGUGGGACGGGUCACGGCUAGUACCGAAGAGAAGACCGAUAUCGAAAAUAACACCAAUACGGACGCUGAAGUCAAAGCGGAGGUUCCGUCAAAGUCCGAUACAGCUGUUGUCGAGGAUAAAACUGACGUCGACUCUAAAGCCGACGCUUCCAAGGCUGCUGUUGCGACCACGACCGACGAAGUUGUCGAACCUGUUGUCGGUGAAAAGGCCGAGAAAACCGCUGACCGUGAGCCCCCGGCUGAGGGCGACGCUGCAAUUUCUGACGAUCCAUGGGCUGUAGACAUCGAACCACCCGCUACAGCAGCCGAACCGGCCGCUACAUCUGUCCCACCAGCCGCUACACAUGGCGUGGAUGGCGGGGAGGGUGGAAAGGACGGGGAAGAAGGGGACGUGGAUAUCAUGGCCGUAGAUAGCAGUGCGCCGGUUGCCGGAGGUGGAGCUUCGAUACAGGGCAAGGACGUUCCUGCACCUCCUGCUGGUGCGGUGUAUUUGGGCCGUCUCGCUCGGAAGAGCUUCGGCGGCGUGCCGUACCUCGGGAGAGUGUUCCACUAUGACCGCGAGGAGAAUUGGUACAAGGUUCGAUAUGAGGAUGGUGAUGCGGAGGAUCUGGAGGUUCCUGAGGUGGAGAAGUUGCUGUUAUCGGGGGAAGAGGAAACGGCUGCUAACGCGGACAUCGAGACCUGGUCCGAGGCCAACAAGGCGACCACUGGAAACGGAAAUUACCCAGGAGAUGAUGCUGAUGGGUUGGGCGCGGGCGACUGGGGUGGUGGUGGUAUGAUGGGCGGAGGGGAGGGGUGGAUGAUGGGCGCACAUGGGGCGCUGGGGAGGGGUAAUGGUGUGGCGGAAGCGGUUGUGCCAGGGCCUGGCGCGAAGGUGGUAGGGAAGAACGUGCUAAAGGACUUCGAGGGAGUGCUGACCGAAGGGAAGAUCACCGCUUUCGAUGAAGAUACCAAGAAAUACACUGUGGAAUAUGAGGGCACGGAGCACUCACUUCUGGAAGUGCUGGUGUGGAAGGGCGUGGAGAGCAUCUUGGUGAUUGGAGAGGAUAACUACAUGCCAGAGGAGGACAUGGAGGAGGAAGAGGAGGUGAUUGAGGAGGGGGAUAAGGCAGGGGAGAAGGUGGUUUCUGUAAUAGAGACUCAAGAGCCAAGGGCAGGUUUGGGAGGGGCGUUAGGCGUGACUGAAGCAGCAGCGCCUCAGGUGGAAACAGCAGCGCCUCAGGCAGAAAUAGCAGCAGCUCAGGUGGAAACAGCAGCGCCUCAGGUGGAAGCAACUGUGCCUCAGGCGGAAACAGUAGGGCCUCAGGUGGAAGCAGCAGCGCCUCAGGCGGAAGCAGCAGCACCCCAGGUGGAUACAACAGUGCUUCAGGUGGAAACAACAGCACCUCAGGUGGAAACAACAACACCUCAGGAGGAACUGACAGUGUCUCAGAUGGAGGUAACAGCGUCACAGAUGGAACUGUCUGCAUCACAAAUAGACAUGGCUUUCGAGGCAACUCGCAUGGAGGGGAUGGAGGUACAUGACCAGCAGGCAACGGAUAUGGAUGGGACAGUAUUAUCACAUAAUGAAGCAGCUCAUAUGGAGGUGACAGAGUCACAAAUUGAUGCUGCUCAUAUGGAGGUAACAGAGUCACAGAUUGACGUAACCGUGUCGCAAUUUGAGGUAACCGCGUCGCAGAUUGAGGUGGCAAAUGCAGUGAUGGAGGAGAUGGGUAUGGAUGAGGCGACUGUGGUUGUGGCCACUGGAACGACUUCUGAGGCGCCAGUUCAGGUGCCUGAUCAGGUGUCUGUUCAGGUGCCUGCUGAGGCGCCUCAAAGGAUGGAGGAGAUGGGGAUGGAUGAGGCUGUGAUUGUGGCGACUGGAACAGAGGGCGGGGAAGGAAAGGCCGCUGUAGUGGAGGGGGUACCCGCAGCAGCAGAGGCUGAGCCGGCGGCUGUUGAGUUUGCAGAGGCUGGGCUGCCACAGGCUGAGACGGCAGUUGUAGCAGAGGGAGUUGCUGAUUGA